AUGACGGACGGAGGCCAUCCGAACCUGAACCUGACGCCGGAGGAGAAGCGCGUGUUUUAUAAACUGUUCCAAGUAGCAGAUAAGACGAAUCUCGGCGUCGUGACUGGUGAAGUGGCCGUUUCCUUCUUUGAGAAGACCAGUCUCCCACCGGAGACAUUGGGUUUGAUAUGGCAAAUUGCAGAUACACAGAACCGUGGACUUCUUACCCCGUCUGGGUUUGGAGUAGUUAUGCGAUUGAUCGGACAUGCGCAGGCGGGCCGCGCCCCGACAGAAGAAUUGGCUCUGCAGCCCGGUCCUCUACCAAAGUUUUCGGGCUUGAGCAAAGAUAUUAUGGAGCCUACCCCGCAGGCUCCGCCGCCUAUCGCAUCCAGCCCUCCCCCCGGAGCCGGCCCCGUUAGGGUCCCGCCGUUGGUCCCCGAGGAUGUUACAAAGUUCACCUCCCUGUUUGAGAGAUCGGAGGUUCAGAAUGGGCUCCUCUCAGGUGAACAUGCGAAACAGAUAUUCGAACGAGCAAGACUGCCGAACGAAAUUUUGGGUAGAAUCUGGAAUUUGGCUGAUACGAAACAGCGAGGCGCGUUGGAUGCGACAGAGUUCAUUAUCGCCAUGCAUUUGUUAAGCGCGUACAGGAAUGGUACGAUGAGAAUAUUACCGCAGAGCUUACCUCCAGGUUUGUACGAUGCAGCUGCUCGGCGUGGAGGAGUCCGCACAUCGACCAGCUCGCGAUCGUCCUCAGACAUACCUCCCGUACCCGCAAUUCCAAAGCAGUUCAGCGGAUCGGGAACCCAGCGAGCUCAAAGCCCACUCAACCGGCCGCCACAGUUCCAGUCAACCAUUCCCACGCAGUCCACUGGUGGUGAUUGGAUGAUCACCCCACAAGAAAAAGUGCACUUUGAUACGGUGUUUGGAACUGUUGAUAAAGCGAACCUGGGAUACAUUACUGGCGAUCAGGCUGUUGAAUUCUUCACUAAUGCGCAGUUGCCGGAGGAAACGUUGGCUUCUAUUUGGGACCUGGCUGAUAUCGAUUCUGACGGGCAGCUGAGCAAGGAUGAGUUUGCUGUUGCCAUGUACCUGGUUCGGCAACAGCGCACUACCCGAGAACCUUUACCGCAAGCAUUACCCCCAGCUUUGAUUCCUCCAAGUAUGCGACGCCAAGUUCCACCUCCAGCUCCAGCAGCUGGAAUUGUCCCCCAAAAUACAGCCCAACGCUCCGCGGCAGAGGAUUUAUUCGGACUCGACGUUUUCGGAGCCCCGGUCCAAGUGGCACAGACUACAGGUGGCUCGAAUCCUGCUCUCCAGCCUCCGUCAUCACUCACUCAGUCGCCGCUUAGCGCGAGUGCGACGUCAACAUUCAAGCCCUUCGUCCCCUCCUCAAGUUUUGGGCAGAGCCUUACCCCACAUACCACUGGCUUGCCGAACGCACCGGUACAACAGCGAUCUCCACCACCGUCUGCAGAUGAUUUGUUGGCGAAUGUAGAUGUUGAAGCGAGCAAGAAGCUAUCCCAGGAAUCUGUAGAUUUAGCCAAUCUCUCCAAUCAGAUCGGUAGCUUGUCGAGAGAGAUGCAGAACGUGCAGGGGAAACGUGCGGCAGCGGAACAGGAUCUAGCCCAAAACAGUCAACAGAAGAAGGACUUCGAGGCUCGCCUUGCGCAGGCAAGAGCAAUGUAUGAGCAGGAAGCAAAGGAUUUCAAGGCUCUAGAAGAUCGAUUAACAGCGUCUCGCACGGAAACAAAAAAGCUUCAGCAAGAUUUUGCCUUGAUCGAGGCUAGCCGCCAGGAUCUGCAAAACCAGUAUAACCAAGUGAAUGCUGCCCUGGACGCUGACCAACGUGAGAAUGCUAGUCUCAAGGAACAAAUCCGGCAGGCUAACGCACAAGUUAGUCAAUUGAAGCCGCUUCUAGAUAAAGCCCGGUCCGCAGCUCGUCAACAGAAGGGCCUGGUAGCCAUUAACAAAAAACAGCUUGCGACUAUUGAGGGUGAGCGGGGAUCGAAUCCAGGGUGA